ACUGUUACAUAUAAAAUAUCUACCCUUCUCUCUCUUUCUAUUUCUCCCUCUCCUUUAUCCAAACUCAAAGCCAACACUGAAGGCAGAGAAGAUGAUUGGCCUCAAGCUCAUUCAAACCUCUUUGACCACCACCAAGCAUAACAUUUUACACACAGGAAGACUGUCCAACGCUAAGAAUUCCAUCUUGCGCUUCAGCAAGUCCAGUGAUUCUGAUUCUGAGUCAGAAGCUUCCCCACCGCAAGGAGAUACUCGCAAGCAGGACCUGCUGGUGAGGAUAGCAAUGCUUCAAGCUCAGAAAGUCCGUCUCACCGAUUACUUAGACGAAAGAUCCGAAUAUCUUACCAAAUUUGGAGAAGAGGCCACCGCUGAGUUUGACAAGAUUGGAGAAGACGCCCUCAAAGACCUGGAUGAAGCCAGUACCAGGAUUAUGGAGAAUAUAAACAGCCGCAUGCAGGCCUUCGAGGAAUCUGCAGGAAUUAACAUUGAGCAGAUGGAGAAAAAUGAGAACGAGUUAGCAGCAUUCGAAGGUGAGAUUGACAAAGAACGCAAUGAAGGGUUAUUUUUUAAGAAUCUGACACAGGGGAAACCGAAGGAAAAAGUGGAUGCUACGGAGGAAAUAAAGAAGAUCAAGAAGCUUACCAAAAAAAGUGCAGGAUCAGAAACCAGGAGGAACAUUUACGUUGCACUGAUUGGCCUGCUACUCAUACAAAUCGUUGACUCCUUCAUCACUUCAACGCCUGAUUGGAGAAAAGUUGCAGUUCUCGGGGCAAUUUUUGUGGGUUUGGUUGCUCAGGUCAUCUAUGAGCAGAAAAUGUUAUCAGAAACAGAAAUAACAGAAGAGGGGAAAACAGAGGAAGAAAGAAGGUGAUGCUUGCCCUACUCAUGAAGCAAAAACAUUAUGCUGUGAAA